GCGGCAGUUGCUGGCAAGCCCGGGAGGCCGAGACCGCUGUCGUUGCCUCCGCCGUCGCAUCCCCAGAGGGAGUCGUGUCGGCGCCCCCUUGGUAUCCAAGCCCACGGGUUGCCCUACAGGCUCGCGUACGCUCCCGGACUCGCCAGCCGCUCGCCAUUCGCCUUGCCAACCGUGCCUCCUGCAGCAUGUGUGGUAUAUUUGCUUACUUAAACUACCAUGUUCCUCGCACAAGACGAGAAAUUUUGGAGACGCUAAUCAAAGGCCUUCAGCGAUUGGAGUACAGAGGAUACGAUUCUGCUGGUGUGGGAAUUGACGGAGGCAAUGAUAAAGAUUGGGAAGCCAAUGCCUGCAAAAUCCAGCUCAUUAAGAAGAAAGGAAAAGUCAAGGCACUGGAUGAAGAAGUUCACAAACAACAAGAUAUGGAUUUGGAUAUAGAAUUUGAUGUACACCUUGGAAUAGCUCAUACCCGUUGGGCAACGCAUGGUGAACCGAAUCCUGUCAAUAGCCAUCCCCAGCGGUCUGAUAAAAAUAAUGAAUUUAUUGUUAUUCACAAUGGAAUCAUCACCAACUACAAGGACUUGAAAAAGUUUCUGGAAAGUAAAGGCUAUGACUUUGAGUCUGAAACAGACACAGAGACAAUUGCCAAGCUUGUUAAGUAUAUGUAUGACAAUCGGGAAAGUCAAGAUAUAAGUUUUACUACCUUGGUGGAGAGAGUCAUCCAACAAUUGGAAGGUGCUUUUGCACUUGUAUUUAAAAGUGUCCAUUUUCCUGGCCAAGCAGUUGGCACAAGACGAGGAAGCCCUCUGUUGAUUGGUGUACGAAGUGAGCAUAAACUGUCUACUGACCACAUUCCAAUUCUCUACAGAACAGGCAAAGAUAAGAAGGGAAGCUGCAAUCUCUCCCGUGUGGACAGCACAACUUGCCUUUUCCCUGUUGAAGAAAAAGCAGUGGAAUAUUACUUUGCUUCUGAUGCAAGUGCUGUCAUCGAACACACCAAUCGUGUCAUCUUUCUUGAGGAUGAUGAUGUUGCCGCAGUGGUAGAUGGCCGUCUUUCUAUUCAUCGAAUUAAACGGACUGCGGGAGAUCACCCUGGACGAGCUGUGCAGACCCUCCAGAUGGAACUCCAGCAGAUCAUGAAGGGCAACUUCAGUUCCUUUAUGCAGAAGGAAAUUUUUGAACAGCCAGAAUCGGUUGUGAACACAAUGAGAGGGAGAGUCAACUUUGAUGACUAUACUGUGAAUUUGGGCGGUUUGAAGGAUCACAUUAAAGAGAUCCAGAGGUGUCGGCGGUUGAUUCUUAUUGCUUGUGGAACAAGUUACCAUGCUGGUGUAGCAACACGUCAAGUUCUGGAAGAGCUGACUGAGUUGCCUGUUAUGGUGGAGCUUGCCAGUGACUUCCUAGAUAGAAACACCCCAGUUUUUCGAGAUGAUGUUUGCUUUUUCAUUAGUCAGUCAGGAGAGACAGCAGACACCUUGAUGGGACUUCGGUACUGCAAGGAGAGAGGAGCUUUAACUGUGGGGAUCACAAACACAGUCGGCAGUUCCAUUUCGAGAGAGACGGACUGUGGAGUUCAUAUCAAUGCUGGGCCUGAGAUUGGUGUGGCCAGCACAAAAGCAUACACCAGCCAGUUUGUAUCUCUUGUGAUGUUUGCUCUUAUGAUGUGUGAUGACAGGAUCUCCAUGCAGGAGAGACGCAAAGAGAUCAUGCUUGGAUUGAAGCGGCUGCCCGAUUUGAUUAAGGAAGUUUUGAGCAUGGAUGAUGAAAUUCAGAAACUGGCAACAGAACUUUAUCACCAGAAGUCAGUCUUGAUAAUGGGACGUGGCUAUCAUUAUGCUACUUGUCUUGAAGGGGCCCUGAAAAUCAAAGAAAUCACUUACAUGCACUCUGAAGGUAUCCUUGCUGGUGAGUUGAAACAUGGCCCUCUGGCUUUGGUGGAUAAGUUGAUGCCUGUCAUCAUGAUCAUCAUGAGAGAUCACACCUACGCCAAGUGUCAGAAUGCUCUACAGCAAGUGGUUGCUAGGCAGGGACGGCCCGUGGUGAUCUGUGACAAGGAGGACACCGAGACCAUUAAGAACACAAAGAGAACCAUCAAGGUGCCCCACUCGGUGGACUGCCUGCAGGGCAUUCUCAGCGUGAUCCCCUUACAGCUGCUGGCCUUCCACCUGGCUGUGCUGAGAGGUUACGAUGUUGAUUUCCCCCGGAAUCUUGCCAAAUCUGUAACCGUAGAAUAAGAAGCAUCUGAAACUGGGCGAUUAAGCAACACAAGACACCUUUUGUAUUUAAAACUUGAUUUAAGAUAUCACCCCUUUAAGCCUUUUUUAGUAAAUCCUUAUUUAUAUAUCAGUUAUAAUUAUUCCAUUCAAUUUAUGAUUUUUGUAAAAUUACCUCAUAUUUUUCCAGUGAUUUGUGGGGGAGUUUGAAUAGUGGAAAUCUAUGUUGGUAUUGGUAUCAGAGAAAUUUAGCUCUCAUUUUUUUUAAAGGAUGCUAAGUGUUGGAUUUUGGGACCCUCCACUUCAAACUGAAAGGAUUGUGUGUUAUUAAAAUAAUUGGCAUUUGUUUCAGCAUACAUUCAUAUUUCAGGGCAAUGAAAGUGUGUUUAAUUGGAGUAUUUAAAGCCAGUGACAAUGUACUUGGAUAUUUGAUUAAGAUUUUGCCAAGUUAUAAAGAGAAAAUGCCGUGAUUAUUUUGAAAUUUAUUGUUUUGUUUUUAAAUCAGUCUAUGAAACUUAAAAACUGAAAACUACUUCAUGGGAUUUCUAUCCAAGUUAACCGUAGUCUCUCAGAUUUAUUGCCUGGUUUCUGUAAAUCAAGGUUUCUUAGGAAGCUAAGAAGUAUAGUAGUGCAUUGGUUUUCUCCAGCCUUUAGCAGAGAAUGCUUGCACAAUUUCAUAGCACAGACUUUAAAUCUGAGCUGCUUUGAACAGCUGACAAUAUGAUUUUAAAUUUGAAAAUGGGGUGCAGAUAAGUUGGAUAUCCUACUUCUUGUUUUUUUUUAAUCUCCUAAAAGUGGUUUUGGUUUCCUUGUAUCUGUAGUUUCUUCUAAAAAAUUACUGCCGAAGGACAUUCUAUCUUGUUCUUUGAAAUCACCACAGAGAGUUGCUAUCCAAUAUCUCAAAUCAGUACUGAUGUUCAGAAUUCUCUUCAGUUUUGUCCCAGAGAAGAAUUCCUUACAGUUAAUUUUAACUUCCCUUUACUGCUUUGUUGAAUCAAACUGUAGUAGCUUCAUGCCAAUUUGGAAACUCCUUGCAGUUGUUUGGAAGAUUUGCAAGUCUUUUGACUAAAAUUUGGCUCAAUGUAUAUGAUAGGCUAAAAUUAGAAAAAGCUAUCUGCUUUACACUUAUAUUAGUGAAGGAUUAUGUAACAUUUUUAGUAUUACUUUCUAGGUAUUUUUCUCUCUGAAUAGUCUGUGUUUUACCCCUGACAUAUACUUAGGAAUGAAGAAAAUAUAAAUGUAAAAGUGAUAUUGAGGUGCCUUCAGCUGGCUAGUGUCAGAAAUGGAAACUUAACAACUUAGAUUAAAAAAUUUAGAGUAGAAUACUAGUUUGACACCCAAAAGUUGUGAAUAAUAAUUUCUUCACGGAGCUUUCUGGCAACAUCUUGGGCAUUACAAGGCAGUGUGUUUAUGUUUUGGUUAAGUCCUUUUCCUUCAGAAGUUUUCAUUUUUAAAUUGAGAAGGUAAGAUAUUUAGCCUAUUAAAGUUAGCUGAGCCUUUUCCAUUUUCUGUGUUUGAACUUCUAGUAGCUAUUAUAAGAGAAGCAUAGAAUUCUGCCUUGUGUUAGCAUUAGAGAAAGAAUUGGCAUAUGUUGAGGUAAUUCAGAAAGACUCUUAGAUUGAGACUAGAAACCUGUUUUUAAAAUGAAACAGGAUUACUAUUCAUGUCAUUAUAUAGCUGCUGCAGGUAUAAACUGAUUAUCUAUUUUAAUUGUUUGUAAUAUUAUUUUGUGUAGGCCUGCUAGUUUUAGUAUGUGUGUAGUGUCAUCCGUAACUAUGUUAUUUUAGCAUUUUUAUGCACAUGAUUUGUAUGAUUUGUAGCAUUUCUGAAGUUCAGAUUAGCUUUCUAAGUGAAACUGGUAUGUGAAGUCAGUCGUUAGUUUCCAGUCUCUUUCCUCUCCCUCUUUGUGUGUGUGUUUGUGUCUUUUUCUCACUCUCAGACACACACAGAUACACUACAGGCUAGGAUAAGUUCUAAAUCAAAUCUCAAAAACCAAUAGUAAGAAAAAAGAAGUGGUAUUUUCCAAACAAACAUCGUUUUUCUUCCCUAUCCCUUUUUCUUGCUCCCUACACUGUUUAGUGAUUUUUAGAUGCUUUUAUGAAUUAUGAACACAAAAUACUGUAAUGAGGCAAACUGCUAGUAAGUGUGGAUGCUCAGAUAAAGCCAAUGUAAUAAGAAAAUCAUUUUUUGAGAAAGAUAUUCUACAAAAGGAGUCCUUCAUAUAAAAAAUUCUUGUAGUACAUUUAAAAUUUAAAUUCACUUGUGUGUAACUUAGUACUCUUUACCCAGGCCAUGAGUCCUUUUUAGGCCAAGGGUCAUGUUAGCAUGUAACACGUGGCCCAGUAAAUGAUUGUUACUUUGGCAUCAGUCAACUUUUCUGUCUUUUUAAAUCACCUAUGCCAUAGGAAUAAAUAGUUGGAGGAAAGUUGAUGUUAACUGUUUUUGGCUUGUUAUAACUCUGUCAGCAGCAUAUUAUGUGAAAGUCACUGUGCCAGAAACUGAAAAAUAUACAUCCUGUUUAAAGUCCACCUGUCUCCCGGUGUACUUAUCGCUCUUGGAGACUCAGGUCAUUGGAAGGUACAGGGUGAGAGAGUGGGAAAAUGGAAUUGAGCUUUUAAAUGUUGGGAGUGAAUUUGUUCAUUUAAAUGAUGGUUCAAGUUUUGGUGUAUAUCAUGUUCCUAAGAGGUGAAGUGCAUUUUGCAGAGUUAGCUGUUACCACAGGCAAUAAAUCCAUGUGUCUGUAGUACUGUAAGGAACAGCGGUUGUUAGAUACAAGGUGAAAACAAGCAUCACAGCUAAAAGGGAACUGACACAGGUGACAUGUAGGUGAGACUGUUGGUUAGAGAGCUAAUAAAGAUUUUCUUUAAGGUUCUUAGAAAGAUGUUUCUGAGAUGAUAUUGUCUUAACCUUUUGAAUACAGAUCUCUUGACCUAAGUUAAUUAUGGAACCCCUUGAGCUCCUUGGUUAUAUUCCUCUGACAUAUUUCUAGUAACUCUUGAAAGAGGGAAAACUAUCUGAAAUGUUGACCUUAACAAACAUAUUUUAAGAAGUCCUUUGGGGUCAGUUUCCUUUGUCUCUCUCUCUUUUCGAUUAGGCUAUAUACUAUAGCAGUAAAAGGGAAAGACUGAGGUUAAUUAUUAUAUGCUACAGCUUAAGUGAUUUUUCUAACGAGGACAAUGUCAUUGAAAAUGUUUAUUUAAAAAGAAUUCACAGCUCACAUUGAAUUUAUGAAGACCAAAGAAAUUGAAGGGAAUGGUAAAGAUAGCUUAAAAAAGUGUUAUAACCACAUAUUUAAUAGAUUUUUUUUAUAUCAGAAUACCAGGUAGUGUUUUACCUGUGAAAAUGUAUUUCAGAUUACUUUCUUUGUUUUCUUGUGUUAGAGCCUCAAGUUAAAAAUUGUAACAACUAAAUCAUUUUUUCCCCGCAAUAUUUAAAGAUUGUUAAUAUGUCAGUGUUUCUCUAGCUUGACGAGUUUAACUCUCUUUACAUCCAUGAUGAUAACCAAUAGGACGGAUAAUACUGGCUAUGAACUGAUAGUAUCCAUGGUUAAAAUAAAAAUCAUAGUUAACUAGCAAAACUGUCAAGUUAUGCCAUUUUAACUUGUGAGUCUGUAGUAACUUGAUAUCAAUGUUACAGAAUAUAUGAUAAAUAAUGGCUAAUGAGAACUUUUUAAGAAAUCUCAAAUUACCUUUCUUACUAUACUAGUUUUCAGAAUGAAUAUAGAAAUGAUCCUGUUAGCCUUUUAAAACUGUUCUGCAGUAGAAAUUUUUUUUUGCUUAAAUAAAACUUUUCAUAUUUGUUUAAGUUAUAUUUCUUUUGAGCUGAAAAUUUUAGAAUCAUCCUGGCUUUGUUUCAGUUUUCUAUUGUUUAAGAUGAAUGUUUAGUUUACUGAGCCACUUAGUCAUUUCGUCCUCAUGUCUUCUCAGUCUAAUGACUGUAAUUCCGAACUGUGAAUAAGUUACCCAAAUCUUGCUGAGAAUUACAUUUUUAAGCAAUUUGCCAAUAUUUGAAGUAUAUACAUGUUUGUCGUUGUGUUAAAAAUUGUAUUGUACUAAGAAUGUAGCCAGUAUUUACUUUAGUUGUCAGUAAACAUUUUUGAUGCUAAAAGUUUAUUCGUUACUGUUGCUUUUAAAAAGAAGAAAUAUUACAUUUAUAUUCAGAAGUCAUGUCUUCACUCCAACAUCCCAAUUACUUUUAAAAGGAUCAUUAGAUAAAACAAAGGCUCUACUUUCUCUAAUGUUAUGCUCUGUUAAUAUUAUACUUAUUCAAGUCUUUUAGAACCUUUUGUGAGAAUAUGUUGUUUCUAGUGCAUAUACAGGGUAUAUAGUGAUCAGCAACUUUAAGUUGUUGAUUGUUGCAAAAGAAGGGUGUUUAGGAUGGGUGAAUAGUAAAGCAGCAUAUUCUCCAAAUCUAAAGUUUCUGUCAUGUCUGGCAGUCUAUUAAUUGUAGAACAAAGAGUCCUUUUACAGGAUCCUUUUAUAAACAGCGAGCUACAAAUCUCUAUCCUUAGUGCUUACAGCACUUGCUGUGUUUUGCAGGAGACAGAGUUAUGCCCAGCAUGGUUUGAAUGAAUGGAUGUGCUGUGUUGCCUUCCCAUAGAAUUGAGCCCAAUCUCUCAUCUCCCUUUUGCUCUGUGUUGCUCUGCAGCAAAGCCCAGGGCUGCCACAUCAGCAUGAAUCAUUUUUUCCACAGGCCACAUUUUUAAUGUAAAAUUUAGCUUUACUUCUAGUGAAGUUUCCUUUAAAUCCUCUUCAAUUCACUAUCAGUAAGUAUUUACUGAGUACUUUUAAAGGCCAAGAAAUAAUUUCCCUAGAAAUUAAGAGGCCACUUUUCAUUGGAGUGAAUUUAAGGAAAAAUAAGUUCUUUAAUUUUUUGGAUGAGCGAAAGAAGUCCUUAUUAAGUUUCUCUCAUUAUCCAUGGUUAAACUGUUCUAUCUUAUUUUAAAAAAUGAUGUAGAAACUUUAUUAGCUAGCUUUAACAAGCAUCCCGGAGAUCAAAACUAAUCUUGUCAUAAUAUAGAUAAGUCGCCAGGUUAUAGGUCAUUUAACCAGACAAAAUUAAUUACUAUCUUUUUGGUUAGUAUGUAUACAAGAGAUUAUUUCCACAGUUGAAAAGACAUGUUUGUGAUCUUCAUGUUAACAUGAUUCAUAAAGUUCACAUGUGUAUUUUUUCAUAAAGAAUGCUAUUAUGCAGCCAGAUUUCCUUUUCCAUAUUUCAAAAAAUAUUUGAAUAUGGAGCAUGGAUAUGUAAUUGAAAUAUGGAAUAAAAAGUGGAGCUUGUAAGCAAUUGAAGAAGUGUUCUCCGGAUAGAACUGUAGCUAUUUCCUUCCCAUUCAUUUAUCAAUCUGCCUUUAUAUGUGUUUAUAAAAAGUAAAACAUUUAUGUCUGUUAGGAAAGCAAUUGGCAUGGUUUCAUAUGUUUUUAAUUUCUGUAGUAUAGUGAGUAUUGCAUUAUUUCCAACAAUGCAUAUAAGUUAUAUUGUGGAACUCACAGCAGCUGUACGCCUGGGGGAUCUUUAGGGGUUAAUUUUUGCCUCUGUCACUCAGCUUUGUAUGUUUUGAAAUGGAGAUAAAUACUGUGUGGUCUUAGAAGGAAAAUUGCCAGAAUUCCCGAGUUCUAGAUCCAUUGUACCUAAAAGGCAAAUGAUCACAUGUUCUUAACUAAUGUAUUCUUAAUUUGUGAGACCCAAAGGUUGAUGUCCAUUAAUUUUAGAUUGUCAUGCAAUAGGCAAACUUCAAAGGUCUAGAUCUGUCAGGAUCACUACAGUUUGUUUCUGCAAACAGCCCCUUUUAGGUGACACUGUUGUUGGCAUUAGGAAAAGCCAGUGUGGCGACAGCAAGGAUGUUUUACUAUGGCAAGUUCAAUGUGAGAUGGACUCAAUUAGAAAGCUUUGUCUUCAAAGAAUGCCCCACACUGGGAUGGGAAAUAAUCUGAGACAAUAAAAACUUUUCAGUUUCUAGGUAAGCAAAAUUGCAUUAAAUUCAAGUUUCUUUCUGUGUUAGACUUGAAUGUAUCUAGCCAGUGUGAUUUAUGGGGGCUUUUGGUGGUUUUUUUCCCCCACUUGCUUUGUGUGUAGAAUUGUUUUGAAAUAUUGAGUAUAUUUGCUUUGAAUUUUAUCUCUUUCUGUUUUGUAUUCAUCCUUUGAAUAAAAUUGUAAAUCCAA